CUUCGCCCCGCCUCUUACGCCACUGGGGAGAUGGCGGAGUUGGACAUCGGGCAACACUGUCAGGCGGAGGAUUGCCGGCUAAGAGAUUUUCUUCCGUUUGUAUGUGAUGGUUGCUCAGGAAUAUUUUGCCUUGAACACAGAAGCAGGGAGUCACAUAGCUGUUCUGAGGUGAAUAUAAUCAGUGAGAGACCGAAAACAGAUAAACACACACCUUACCCAUGCUCAUUCAAGGACUGUACUGAAAAAGAGCUUGUGCCGGUUGUAUGUCCUUAUUGUGAGAAGAAUUUUUGCCUGAGACACCGUCAUCAGUCAGAUCAUGAAUGUGAAAAACUGGAAAUCUCUAAACCUCGUAUGGCUGCCACCCAGAAACUUGUUAAAGACAUUAUUGAUUCCAAGACAGGAGAGAUAGUGAGCAAACGACGAAAAGGUGCAAAAAAUAGUGAAACAGCUGCAAAAGUUGCAUUAAUGAAAUUGAAGAUGCAUGCUAAUGGGGAUAAGUCAUUGCCACAGACAGAAAGAGUUUAUUUUCAGGUUUUCUUACCUAAGGGGAGCAAGGAGAAGAGCAAACCAAUGUUUUUUUGCCACCGAUGGAGCAUUGGAAAAGUCAUAGACUUUGCUGCUGCUUUAGCCAGCCUUAAAAAUGACAAUAACAAAUCAACAGCUAAGAAAUUAAGGUUAUGUCACAUUACUUCAGGAGAAGCCUUACCCUUGGAUAGUAUUUUGGAAACGUGGAUUGCUAAGGAGGAUUGUCCAUUGUAUAAUGGUGGAAAUAUUAUCUUGGAAUAUCUGAACGAUAAGGAGAAGAUUUGGAGAACUCGAAGGAAAAAGGUUGCAGACAAAGGAAUCUGGGGGAAAAAAAAUUUACAUACUUCACAUACAUUUUACAUACUUUACAUACUUCACUUGGGCAGCAAAAAUUUUACGUUAAGAUAUUUGGUCACAACUGUAAAGAUAGCUUUGGUUUCAUAAAGUUUUUAUGUUUGUUUUUUUUAACCGGGAAAGUUCCCUGGGAAUUUAAUUGAAAUAUCACAGAAACAGAUUAAUUCCAUUUCCUUAUUCACAACAUUGAUACAAUGUCUUGCUUUUCUUAGUGGAAUACAUGGAAAUAAAACUUACAAAAUCUAUAGUCUAUUGAGUUUGAAAGAUUAGUCUGCAUAAACACUACAAGUUUUAAAAAUUUUCAAGAUGAACAAUAAAAGUAGCUUUGAUAGUUUUUCAAGAGCAAAUAUUUUAUGAUCUAAAAUACUAAAAACCAAACCCAUCGCUGUUGAAUCGAUUCUGACUCAUAACGACCCGAUAGGACAGAGUAGAACUGCCCCAUAGGGUUUCCAAGGAGCAUCUGGUGGAUUCGAAUUGCCAACCUUUUGGUUAGCAGCCGUAGCACUUAACCACUAUGCCACCAGGGUUUCCUAAAAUACUUAAUACAAGUUAAAUAUAACAUAGAUUGUGUUCUGAUCACAGGAAGUGUCUGCUGAAAUGAUCAUAUGUUCAAGGACUAAUGGAUCCAUGGGCCAAAUAGUAGACAGUUGUAACUUUUUUUUUUUUGCUGCUUUGUCUUGGUACCCCUUCCACUUGUUUGGGAAAUACAUUGUUGUGUGAGUCUGUGGGCUAACAUACAAAAAGCCUGAUACUUUUUGAUCCCUGCAGCUGAGGCACAGCCUAUAAACUAAGUUGAGCCGAUUGAAUGUCCUUGCGUAGAGCUGUGAAUAGGGAACAGUGUUACAAAGAAGGAAUAAGAGGUUAGAAUUAGUCCCAGUGGCUUUCCCUUGCCCUGUGGUGGCAGCACCCAAAUGUCUGGCAGCAUCAGUCCCUUAACCAGACUGUAUCUUAUGUUAUAGUUCCAGCUGCCCAGGUUCCCAAGCUACCCAAAAACCAUCCAGCAAACUAUUUUUCUGUUGAAGAAGAACACCAAAAGCUGUUUCAGUGGUACUCUAGAAUUGUAGAAAAAUUAUUCAGCAGCAUAAGAAUGUUGCCAAAGGCCAGCUGUCUGUGGGCCCUGCAAUUUUCUAAGUAAUGACGACAAGCCACUGGACUGAGCUCCUAGAGGGUGGAGACCUCAUGUAGCUUGGCCACUAUGGUAUACCCUGCUCCUAGCUCAGUGCUGGACAAACCGAUACUCAGCAAAUACUUAAUUUCGAUGUGAAUGAACAAAAUAGUAACACCUACCUCAAUGUGCCUCCUCAUCUGUUUUAGAUUUUUGAAUGCUGAUUGCUUUUAGUAUAGCUUUUUCUUAGGAAGGGAGAGAAUUCAAAAGUGAUGACCCCAAGGGUUUAAGUUCAGGUAAAUAAGAGACUGUUUUCUCAUUGGCAGAAAUGAGGAAGUUGGGAGGAAAGAUUGCAUUUCUGUUGUGAUAACUUGAACCUGUUAAAUACCAGGGUUUUAAAAUAUUCGUAAGUACAAGUUAAACAGGUUGUGUCACUUACUAGAUUCCUUUGUAUUUGUUUAAAAAAGUACAACAGCUCCUCCUACUGAACUUUGAUCCAGAAAAACAACUG